AUGAAUAAUAAAAGCAGCAAAAAACUCUACUAAUCCUCAAAUAUAAUAUCCUCCCAGAAGCAAAUCUAGUAAAAGGUCUAGUCCUCUCCAAGCAAACCAAAGCACACUGGGACAAGAGUAAGAAGUAAAAAUGGCAGUGUAGAUGUAACUGAGAUACAUAUUGAUUAGAUUAGGCCCAAGUUUAAUAAAGCAGCAUUAGGCCACUCUAAUGUAAAGCUAAAUGAUGGUGGUGAAGACAAUAAUGGGCCAAAAGCAGCCUAUGCAUCAUUCAACCUAGCUUCAGAUAGUACUACACCUGUUAUUAUAAGUGUUAAAGGACAUAUGCUCUCAAAUCAAAAUAACGAAAGUCAAGAUUUUUCCAAUUUCACAUUUGACUAAAGAGAACAGACAAUACAGCCAGAUAAAGUCAAGAGAAGAACAAUAGAUCUUACCUAGUCGGUCCAACUUAACUCAAAUGAUGCAUUAUUACUAGUUGGAUAUACAACUUCGGCACCAAAAAAGCAUGAUAGGAAUCAAUCAGUCUCAAGUUAGAAGAGUAAUUAAUCUCUUUGUAAAGAAAGAAGGUCUAGAAAAGAAAGAUUAAACUAAAAGAAUUGGGAUUAACUAAACUCAUCUAACAUAAGCUCAAUAAUGGAGGAAAAUUAGGGUGCAUUGCAUCUCAAGAUACUUAAUCCAGAGCAACAAGAUAAAAACAGAUUUAACCAUUCCUUCGAUGAAACUCCUGGAUUCAACCAGCAACUACAAAGAGAGGUAUCUCUUGAUAAGCUCUUAUCUAAGGUUGAGAACGGUGGGAAAAUCUUGAAUUUUGCUUAGAAUGCAGCAGCGAUUAAGAUACAAAGGGUCUAUAGAACUUUCAAGAUUUGGAAACUUAUUAAGAGAAUGGCUGCAUAAAAAAUAGAGAAUAAGUAGUAGGCUAGACUCUAGAGAAUAUUAUCUGCUAAAUUUAUUUUGAGAAAUUCCAAAUAGAAGCUUGAAGCUCUGAGCAAUGGUUGGAGACUACGAAGGUGCCUGAGUUUACUUGAGUAUAAAGUAAGAGACUUUGUAGAUGAGACAGAUUAGAAAAAGAAGAAUAAAUAGAGAAGACGGUUUCACCAAAUGUUGGAAAAGGUGCUGUAGAAGAAGCUCUAUAUCAAGAAAUAUAUGAAUUAGGAUAUUGAAAAUAGUAAAGCAUAGAAGCUGAUGUAUAAGAGCAUGAUUGUCUCUCCUAGAAAUAGAGCUGACUCUAAAGAAAAGAAACUUACUAGGCAAAAAUCUGCUGUUCUUGAGAAUAACAAUCUUAGUAGUACUAUGAAUAUGUUCAGAGGUAGAAAACCAUGGAAUAACUCUCUGAAUAAGGAUAUCAAUCAAGUACUCAAGAAGGAUUUAGUUGAUCCUAAGCUUGAGAGAUCCAGACAACAGCAAUAGACCAAAAAGCCUAGAGCUGAUCUGACUAAUCUUAGUUCACUUGAUAAAAACAAUCAAACCAAUUUGUUCAGGAUCAACAAUGAAUCGAGAAAGUCCAAUCACAUGUACUAAAUGCUUAAGUACACAAGUGCAGAAAACACAACUAGCAAUAGAAUGAAGAAUGAUAUAAAGUCUAGGAUCAUUGCUGAUCUUGAUAAACAAAAUGAAAAGGUUAGCUUUCUUCUUAGCAGAAAGAAUAUCAGAGAUACUGAUAAAUAGAAAGUAUCUAAGGUCAAUACAUCCUAAGUCUUGAGAACAGAGCACAGUCCUACAUUUUAAAGAACUGCUUAUGGAGCUAAGCUCGUUUGUAAUCAAAUGAGAAGUUCAAUUAUGACUCCAUAAAGGAGACUUGACAAAAGCCCAGACAGGUUCAACUAUCUAUCAGGGGUCCCCUAAUCUGACAAAAAGGCUAUCUAGAGUGAGAAGGAAAAGAUUUUGAGGAUUCAAAAUUAGUAUAAAAAGCAGUUUGCUGAAUUAGAGAGUCUCAUGGAUUACAUUGUUGAUUAGGAGCUGUCAAACUAUGAUUCAAAAUGUUAAAACAACAAGUAUGAAGCCAUGGUUAGCUAAAAAGCUAAGCUAUUCAUUAAGAGCUAGAAAUUACAUGGGGACAUUAAAGAGGCAAUGGACAAAAUAUUCAAUCACAGCAAAAGAAAGUACAUGAACUGA